GCUGCUUGGAGAAGGGCACGACACUCGCACAGCUCGCAACCCUCAAAGACGCCUUCCACAUGAGCCAGCCGGGCCUCGCCUCCUCUCCAGGAUGAAGAAAGAGAAACAAAUGUCUCCUUUCACCUUUGUCCUUCUGCUCCACUUCAGCACGGUUUCACAUUUGGAUUCUCACAAAGGGUUAUCCGACUAUGCCCCGUAUUUUUACGACAACGGACCCAGCAGUACAAACGGGAACAUGGCUUUGUUCAGCAUCUCCGAAGAUACACCAGUCGGAACGCAGAUUUACAUCCUCAACGGCACAGAUCCAGAAGAAGAUUCGAUACAAUACGGUUUGACGUUUGAAAAGGGCUCCAAGGAGUAUUUUAGGGUUGAGCCCAAUUUGGGAAACGUGACCCUAGUUCUGGAGCUGGACAGAGAGGAACAAGACGAGAUUUCGGUGCUCGUCAGCAUUACAGACGGCCGGAACAAAGUGGUUGAAACAGCUAGAGUGUUCGUCACUGACACCAACGAUGAAACUCCUGAAUUCCAGAACCUGCCUUUUAUUGUUAAUAUCCCCGAGGAUGCCGUGGCAGGGAGCAGCGUCUACAGAGUCCAGGCGCUGGAUAAAGACAUGGGUUCAGGAGGCAGCAUCUCCUAUUCCCUGCAGCCGUCGCCAAACGCCAAGUUCACCAUCGACGGCAACAGUGGCAUCCUGAGGGUGAAACCUGGCACCACGCUAGACUAUGAGACCACGCCUACGCACUUUGUGACAGUGGUCGCCAAGGAUGGAGGAGGGAAAUAUAAAGGCAAACAUCAGGUUUUGACCUCCACUGCCACCAUAACAGUCAACAUCCUUGAUGCCCAAGACAUGCCUCCAUCCUUCAUAGGAACGCCUUACUUCGGCUACAUAUACGAAGUCUCCGUUCCUGGCUCUGAAAUAUUUACAGUGUAUGCCAGAGAUGGGGACCAAGGCAUUCCUAACCCCAUUUAUUACUCCACCGUCGAUGGAAGUGACGGUGUCUUCGAUAUCAACAGCACAAGUGGUUGCAUCACCUUGACAACGCAUCCCUCCCUUCUGAAAAAUGAACUCUACGAAGUGGAAGUCAAGGCAUCAGAGGUGGGAGCCAACGGUCACUUGUUGGACUAUGACAUUGCCAUGGUGACGAUCCGAGUGGUGGACCUUAACAACCACCCGCCUACUUUUUAUGGCGAGAACGGACCACAGAGCAAGUUUGAGGUCACCAUGUAUGAGCAUCCUCCUGCAGGGGAGAUCCUACGUGGAUUCAAGAUCACGGUCAACGAUUCAGAUCAGGGGGCAAAUGCCAAAUUCAAAUUAAGACUGGUGGGACCGAGCAGAGUUCUGCGAGUGGUUCCCCAGACGGUCCUGAACGAAGCCCAGGUAACCAUCAUCGUGGAGGACACAUCUGGCAUCGACUACGAAAAAGGACCGACCCUUUCGUUCAAGCUUUUGGCGGUGGAAAUUGACACUCCCGAGCGCUUCAGUGCGACAGCAGAUAUCGUGAUCAACCUUCUGGACACUAACGACAACACCCCCAAAUUCACUUCGGAGUAUUACAUUACCAGGGUUGCGGAGAACUCUCCCGGAGGGUCUAGUGUCGCAUCUGUAACGGCAAACGAUCCAGACUCGGGACCUUGGGGUGAAGUCAAAUACUCCAUUUAUGGAUCAGGGUCAGAUUUGUUUUCCAUCCACCCGUCGACAGGCCUCAUCUCCACACAGCCGUGGACCACCCUGGACGCGGAGGUGCGCUCCAAGUUCAACUUCUACGUGAAGGCAGAGGACUCGAAGGGAAAGUACAGCCUGGCCGAAGUCUUCGUCACCGUGCUGGACAUGAACGACCACUCGCCCGUAUUCGACGACAAACUGCUGGAGAAGACCAUGGUCAUUGGCACGCCAGUUAAAGUGGAGGCGAUGGAUGACGACGCAGAGUCUCCCAACAACGUCGUGGAGUAUUCCAUCAUGACGGCGGACCCCGACAAUGCGUUCGACAUAAACGCAGAGACGGGCGAGAUCCAGCUGAAGCCGUACAUCAAGACCAUGGAGAUCGUGCACAACAUCACCAUGCAAAAGGACUGCAAGUGGUCCCUGGUGGUGCAGGCCCGAGACCGAGGCUCUCCGUCCUUCAGCACCACAGCCGUGGUCAACAUUGACAUUACCGAGGCAACUCCUCUCAAGGGGCCUAUGGUGGCCUUUUUAAUGAAAAGUAGGGACAAUCCAAUGAAAGCUUUAGGUAUGGUUAUGUUUAUCAUUAGCGUGUUGGUAGGAGCCACCGUGCUCAUCUCCACCAUCAUGUACAUGCGCAACACAAAGUCGCAGAACAGGAUCACGCCGACACGCCGUAUCAUCAGGAGGCGGCCCAGGGACCAGCAGCCUUGGACUUUUCGCAUGCCCUUCUUUAAAUCCGAAAACCCCUCCGAGAAAUUCCUCAUGGAGGAUGAGGGAAGCCCUAAGCAGGAGACCCCAAGGCUGAGGCCACCACCGCCCUGUGCCCCGUCUCUCCCCCCUCCAGCCCCGUCGGCCACACGUCCCCCCGAAAGGCCCCGCAUUGUCCCGACUAUAUCAGGCGCUUUGGCCACCAGAGGAUCAAAGAAAGGGAAAUCGGUUCGCCGCAAGGAAGGAAACCUCAGCUCGGCGCUGGUUUCUGAGUUGAAAAUGAGGUUGGAGCAGAAAAUCAACGAAAACAACCAAGGCUACUAUUAACUCCACUUAAAACCUAUUCCUUUUUCGUUAUGAUGUCUGUUGGGGGACAAAUUGAACUUCACAUCUGGUAUGAAAUGGCAAACUGUGACCUAACCAAGUAUGGUAAACCUUCAAUGAGGGUUCACAGAUGGGUCUUCAAGAGUGAACUCCUCAGCUGACCUCCUUUCUUUCUCGGUAGAUAAUCACCACACUGCCAUCUUGAGGAGGAUGACAUCAUCUUAACAACAGUGACAUGUGUGUUGUUGCUUGACAGAAAACAAACACACAUACACUGUCUUUUCUCAAUAAAUAGUAGGGGUGUGGGAAAAAAUUGAUUCAAAUUCGAUUCUCACGUUGUGCGAUUCAGAAUCGAUUCUCUUUUUUUUUUAAAUCUAUUUUUUUUUUUUUUUUUAAAUCAAUCAAUCCAACAAAACAAUACACAGCAAUACCAUAACAAUGCAAUCCAAUUCCAAAACCAAACCCAACCCAGCAACACUCAGAACUGCAAUAAACAGAGCAAAUGAAAGGAGACACAAACACGACACAGAACAAACCAAAAGUAGUGAAACAAAAAUGAAUAUUAUCAACAACAGUAUCAAUAUUAGUUACAAUUUCAACAUAGCAGUGAUUAAAAAUCCCUCAUUGACAUUAUCAUUAGACAUUUAUAAAUAAAAAUGAACAAUAGUGUCACAGUGGCUUACACUUGCAUCGCAUCUCAUAAGCUUGACAACACACUGUGUCCAAUAUUUUCACAAAGAUAAAAUAAGUCAUAUUUUUAGUUCAUUUAAUAGUCAAAACAAAUUUACAUUAUUGCAAUCAGUUGAUAAAACAAUGUCCUUUACAACUAUAAAAGCUUUUUACAAAAAUCUACUACUCUGCUUGCAUGUCAGCAGACUGGGGUAGAUCCUGCUGAAACCCUAUGUAUUGAAUGAAUAGAGAAUCGUUUUGAAUCGGGAAAAUAUCGUUUUUAAAUCGAGAAUCGCGUUGAAUCGAAAAAAAAUUGAUUUUGAAUCGAAUCGUGACCCCAAGAAUCGAUAUUGAAUCGAAUCGUGGGACACCCAAAGAUUCGCAGCCCUAAUAAAUAGCUGAGUAUGCCCCAGUUAAUAACCAUAAAUCCACUUUUAGUAAUAAACAAUGUACCUCACACAGAUCUCAGGGCAUUCAAUCGAUCGCAACUGGACUGUUUGGGUUGUCUUGGAAGACGUUUCGCCUUUCAUUCGUGCUAUUAGACUUAGAUUGGUCGAUUGAAUGCCCUGAGAUUACAAUGACCUGGAUGAAUGAGGACAUUCAUAGACAUACCUCAUAUAAACUUUAAUUGGAUUUACUAUAACUCAUACCACCCUCUUUUGAAUAGUGUAACAACUGCAUCAUAUGUAUUACAAAAAAUAUUAAAUCUUUAUUAUUGUUUUUCCCAAAAAAUAUUUGUAAAAAUAGUAGAUGCCUGGUUUUCAGGUUAAGUACAUAAAUGCCACUGCUGGAUGAUUUAUGCUAUCCAGAUUUUAGCCCCCCAACAAUAUUUCUGUGGUUUUGCUAAGACGACACUGGUCAUGAAAGCCUCAUUUCUUGGGGUAAAGUAAAUGCUUAAAAGUUUACAAAAAAAUCAGUACAGUAGUUUUUUAAGCUUCUUUUUCAAAAACAUUACUAUACGGAAAUGAGCAAAUCAUCUUGGCAAAAACAGUCUUUAGCGCUUAACAUUUUGUUCGUAGCUAAAGUCUCGCAGAAACACACUGAAAAUCAGAUGUUUGCUUCUUUUGUACGAUUAACAUGUGCCACUGAAUUGUCAUGCUGUAACACAAGCUCGCUAGCAAUGUUUGCAUUGUGUAGUUUUAUGAUAAAACAUGCUUUUUUUAAUCAUUUCAAUUUUCAAUGCAUGUACAGUCUUAUUAUUUAAUAUAAAGUGUAUAACUCCACUGACGGUGUGUUGUUGGGCACAACUAAAUGUAUGCUUGACAUGUUCGAGCCCACUUUGCUAUGUGUAAUUCAACUGCAUGUGUAUUUUCUUUGCAGAGUGAAAAUAUAUGCACAAAUGUUGACAGAACUUCAUGUUUCGCAUCAAUGCCUUCAAAUGUAGGCAAGUUACAGUCACGUGAUCUUUAUACUACAGUAUUAGCUCAUAUCUUACUUUGUAAAAAUAUGUGGAGAUGUACGACAUAUUAACUAUAAGUGACACUGCCUGGUUAUCGGAUGUGACAUAUUUGUACCGUCUUUGUAUUGUCCUUGAUUUUCACAAUAAAUAUUUCA